AUAGGAAAAGGACAAACCGAACAGUACGACAAUGAAUGGAUCACCAGGCAGUGCAGGAAUGGGCGAUCAAAUGGGCGUCAAAAUUGAACCAGCAGAAGCUGAGUCAUUGUCCAUGUCUGGAAGUAGCAGCAUUCUUACUCCUGUCAGCUCUUACACCUAUAUUAAGCCCAUUAGUCCUGAACAGGAAGAAUUGAUAACUAGGCUGGUAUCUUUUCAAUGCGAAUUUGAACAACCGAGUGAAGAGGAUUUGAAAAGAAUUACAAAUCAACCAAUGGAAGGUGAGGAUGCGAGUGAUUAUAGUUUCAGGCACAUCACUGAAAUCACGAUUCUAACUGUUCAAUUGAUCGUCGAAUUUUCGAAGAGAUUACCCGGUUUUAACGAGUUAUUACGUGAAGAUCAAAUCACUCUACUGAAAGCAUGCUCCAGUGAGGUGAUGAUGUUACGAAUGGCAAGAAAGUAUGAUGUACAAAGCGAUAGCAUCAUUUUUGCUAAUAAUCAGUCCUACACCCGUGACAGUUAUAAUGUCGCUGGAAUGGGUGAAAAUAUCGAAGAUCUUUUACGAUUCUGUCGGCAAAUGUAUGCUAUGAGAGUUAAUAAUGCUGAAUAUGCUUUGCUUACGGCUAUCGUCAUCUUUUCAGAGAGACCUAAUUUGAUAGAAAACAAAAAAGUGGAAAAACUUCAAGAGAUCUAUUUGAAGACAUUGAAAGCAUAUGUGGAUAAUCGUCGUCGACCGAAAUCCGGUACAAUCUUCGCUAAACUUUUAUCAGUUCUAACCGAACUUAGAACUCUUGGCAAUCAAAACAGUGAAAUGUGCUUGAACCUGAAAUUUAAGAACAAAAAGCUGCCACUUUUCCUCGCCGAAAUCUGGGACGUGGUGCCCUAGUUUCUCAGUCGCCGAUCAACGGCAAUUGCGCCGGUCGGCUGAAUUUUUGA